AUGGCGGACGAAUCGUUAUAUAUAUCAACUAAUGAGGCUGCUCUAGCGGUAGUUGCUACCGCAAUGAAGAAAGCGAGGCUACUGCUUGACACCUUGAUAAUAAACUCAUUUGUAGCGGGGAUUUUGUUUACUGCGGGAGGAAUGAUCCAUGUGCAUGUACAAGGUGGACUGCCCUCAGUAUAUGAAGGUGACCCCGCUUUAAUAAAUUUGAUCCAGGGUUUAGUGUACCCCUUGGGGCUAUUCUAUGUAGUCGUCUUGGGGGUCGACCUAUUCAAUUCUAACAUCUUGUAUUUUAUUGUGGGAUACGCAAGGGGAGCUGUAUCACUCGUUGAUUUGCUAAUUUCAUGGUUUAUAAGUUGGUUUGGAAAUCUUGUUGGCACCAUCUUCGUAUGCUACAUUAUAUGUAACUAUUCAGAUGUUACUCGUCAGACAUUGUAUGUUCAAGGUUCCGUAGAUAUUGCUGUGGAUAAAGUCAGUUAUACUUUUGUACAGACAAUGUUAAAGGGUAUGGCAGGGAACUUCUUCGUUUGUCUUGCGAUUUACUUACAAUUGAUGGCCAAACCGCUUCAUGUCAAGUUUUUACUAAUGGUAUUACCAGUGUUCACUUUUGUGACUAUGGGAUUCACCCAUCUGGUUGCUGACAUGUACAUGAUGAUAAUAGGACUUAUAAAUGGCGCACCAGUGAGCGUUGGAAAAGUGAUCUGGAAAGUAUUCAUCCCAGCCACCAUUGGGAACAUCAUCGGAGGUCUGUUUUUUGGUUUAUUGAUUCCAUGGUACUUGCAUAUUGUAGUUGUAGAGAAGGAUAUCAGGCUCUUGAAAUUACCAAGGUAUGAGUACAGGGAUGAACAGCCUGAAUUGAAUCAAGAUUCCAGAGUGGUGAGAGUUAAAUCCGGUGGUCCUGAAGAUGUAGUUGAAGGAGAAGAAGGGGAAGACGGAGAUGACGGAUUCGUGGAGGACCAACAAAGAGGUGAAGGACAGCAAGAAUUACGUGGAAUAAUGGAAGAUAAAGAAGAGAGCAGUGGUGCAGAGUCUCCUCCCGCUUCCCAGUAUCCACCGCCCCAGGGCAUCACGAGAAAUGAGAGUUUUUCAAAUCUUUCUACUACACCUUCUAGAAUGUCGGCAUAUUCUAGAUACAGCAAUUAUAGAAGAAGAAGUAGAGAAGUGAAAUCUCCCAAAAAUGUCUUCCCUGUUUAUGGAAUGGGGGCACCUUUGGAGAGAGAAAGAAGCAUUGUGUACGGAAGGACUGACAACAGCUCAGGCGACGAAACUAACCAGCGCAGGAGAAGCACCGAUCUUGAUGAACAGUCUAUAUCAUCGUACAGAACCGCAAACCGAGAAUUGCGUACUCGAGGAUCAGCUGAAUUUUUAGGCGCAAGGUUGAAAAAGGUUAUGUCAAGGAAACAAACCGAAAAGCCCAACGACUUAGAGCAACAAUUACCAUCUCGUAGACCCACAAUAAGACAAAGUAGUAUGUCUAGUAGUAUAUCGCGGUAUUUGGGUCGCAAUUCUCAUUCGAGCCGAAAGGACUCGCUUAAAGCCAGCAAUAAAGAAGAGUUAGAAGAGAAGAUAGAAAGGGCAGGCAUCACACCCCUUGCUGCGGAAGCGUCAGAUGGCGCUGCUGGUGUUUCAGAGUUUUUCAUGGGAAGAGACCUAGAAUAUAAUACUAAUAUAGCAAAUACAGUAGAUGAAGGUAUACUGCCAACUGACGAGGUAUCGCACUUUGGACCAAAUUUAGACGCGACAAAGGAAAAUGAUACAGUUCCAAACUCAACUAAUGAUUCAUUCAAUAUAGUUAACUAUAAUCCAACUGAAUCAAAAGAAUAG